CUAUUUCAUUUAAAUUAAUUUAUUUAUAGGAUUCCUUAUUAUUUUAUCUUUUUGUGCCCUUCAUAUUUUCCAUUUUUUGCACCUAAUGGCACCCUUCUUUAUUUCAGGAAGGCUGGUUUCAGACAACAUCACUCCUCCUUCGUUAAAUUAACUAAAAUCCUUACACAAUUUAUUUAAACUGUUUUUGUAUUAAAUAAUGUUUAGUUUUAAAUUAUUUUUUUGUAAAUUAUCAAAAUGUGUAACACUUUUGCUUCUUUUAUAUAGUCGCGUUUCCCAAUCAAGUGAUGAUAUACAAAAGCUUAAGAAUGAUAUUAUGGUUAUGGACUCUAAUGUGCAUGACUUGGCGAGAGUUUUGGAUAAAUCUUUGUACAAUUCGUUCCAAAUUUCCGAUUCUGUAUGCUUAGGUGAAAAUGUAAUGACUUCUGGUAUAAAAGCUAAGGGUUUAGCUGGUUAUUGGACUUUUGAUAAGUUGUACCCUGUUGACGAGACCGGCAACGGUAACCACUUCUACUCUCCUGUCGUAUCAGGUCCCCCUUCAAAUGGUCACGGUUCCAGUCUUUCCUUCAAUACGGAAACUUGGUACAGGAUUAGGGCUACUGAAUCACUGGAUUUGGGACAAUUUACUAUAACUUUUAGGGUUUAUCUCUUGGGCGAUUACUCACCCAAUUUUCGUAAUUUUUUGUCCCGAAAUUACUAUAAUCCCCAAUCACCUAACAUCUUAUUUUACCCUUACAACAACAAGCUGUCUGUUAGAGUGUUUACAGAGAGUGGAGAUAUCGAGGGGCUAUCAUCUAACUCUUCAAUACCAUCAAGACGAUGGACUCAAGUUACCAUAGUCUGUACUGAGAAUGCUGUUAAAAUUUAUAUUAACGGAAUGCUCGAUAAUUCAAUUGGGUUGAGGGGCAAACCUACUGUCAGUUCUGGAGAUUUAGUAAUGGGGAAAGCACUCAGAUACGAUGGCUUUGCUGGGUAUGUCGACGACUUGAGAAUUUAUAACUAUGGUAUGGGAUCACAUGAGGUUGCCGCCUUUGUGUCUGACUGCCUCAGUGGCUUCGAUAACUCUUUUAGAGUUCAGCUUGGAUGUACAUUUUGCGGUCACAGAGAAGCUAACUCAAAUGGGUUCUGUCCAUCUGGAUUUAAACUCUGCACCCUCGACCAACUUUACAUUAGUGGAGCACAUAUCGCACGAGCUAACGGCUGGUUACACUCAAGUAACCAGAUUUGGUACAAAAACAUCAAAAACACUCAAAAUGAAUCCAGAGCAGCGCUUUGUUGCUCUUAAAAAUGAUUAUACUUUUA